UUAUAAGAAACUCAAUGACAUUCGCUCUUCCGGAAAGGAUUGUUUACAUUUUUCAUCACUUGGAGAAAUGUAUAAGAAACCAUUUUCUCAACAAUGUGACUGAGCUAACUGCUUGAGAGGCAUCUACAGUAGACUAUCGAGAUGUAUUCUGAGUGGGCCUCUCUCCAGGAGGAGAUCCAGUGUGACAAGGGCAACCAGUCGGUGCUCCACAAGUUCCCAGCUCAAGUAGGGCGAGAUGUGGCCUGCAGCGUGGUGCGGCGCCAUAUAUCAGGGAACCUCAGCAUUGCUGCCGCCAAUGAUGAACCCAGCAGUCUGCAAGAUGACAAGGACAUUAAGUGGACCAUGGAGGUGCUGUGCUAUGGCCUGGGCCUACCUCUGAAUGAACAUGACACCAUCAAUGACUGUGUGAAGGUGUAUUGCGAGUGGCUGACUGCACUGAUUGUUCCCAGGCCAUGUGUGCCACGCCCCAUUGUUGACGACCCAAACCCCUAUGCUCAGGACAUGCUGCACCAUCUGUUGAAUCUGUUCAAACCACGGCCAGCAGCUGGUGUUGACUUAGUCAAGAGACAGGCCCUGCUGUGCCACCGGGUCCUCCGGGCAAUCGAGGGCGUGGCCAAAGAGUCUAAUAUCCUGACCCGUGCCACCUGGGAGGCCUUGCUGAAGUUCUUGCUGGCCGCCAACGACAGCUUGUUGUCUCCUCCCACAGAGAAAGACGACACAGGACUUAGUUCAUAUGAUAUCGGAGAUCACCUGUGUGAGCGAGUUCUCAGUGUGCUGUUCGGGAUCUGGAUGCUGGCGUGUUCAAAGUGCUUCCCAUCCCCGUCGCUGUGGAAGACGUUCCGCAACAUGUGUCAGUUCUGGCGCCACCACGAAGCUCUGGUGAUACAGUGGCACAAGAUCAACCAUGCCCUCACUUCCAGGAUCAUACGGAUGAUGUAUGGCCCUGAAUACCCGGAGCUGCUUGUUGGUGAGGAGGACAGCCAGGUGAUCCCACCUGACACCAGCAAUGAAUGCAUCACCCAGAGCUGGUUCCGCUUCCUCCACAUCAUCCAGAACCCUGUGGACCUGUGUCGCCCAAACACCAUCAGCAACACACAGCUCUUCCUGCAGUAUGCCCUGGCCAGUGAGGCGGUCAUCGAUCCUAGUCAUCACGAAUGUCUGUUAAAGCUCCCGAUCAUCUUCUUCAAGGCAAUGCGAGGUGUCUCUGUCAUGGUUAAUGCUUUCUUAGGUGUUCCUCAGUCUGUGAAGGAGGAGAAUCUGAUGGCAGCCGGACUGAUCAUCUCCACAGCUCUGUCUGCCACCCCCUCCACACCCCCAGGGCAGCGCAAGACCACCAAGCCCAACCUACCCAUGUCGGUCCUCACCAGCACCCUCACCAGCAAAGGUUCAAGCAAGGGCUCCCAGAAUGCAACACCCAAGACAACUGCCCCUCCAAUCAGUAGUAGUGUGGGUAGACUCUCCCUAGGAAGUCGCUUCCCAUUUGCUCCAACACGUCCCUCAUGUAACAGUGUGCUGCACCUGUUCGGAGCUUGGUUAUUUGAUGCUUCACUUGCAGGGGUAAAGCUCCAUGCAGCACAUGCUACUAAACACAAAAAUCAGCGUCGAACCAGUUCUUUCAUUGAGUCGAAGCACAGUUCGACAUCUGCGGACCCAUCUGAUACAUCACUGAGCAGUGACAACACAUAUGAGGCAGGGCGGGCAGAGGCUUGUGGCGCCCUCUGCAGGAUAUUCUGUGCACACAAAACAAGGGAGGAUAUUCUGCCAGUCUACUAUUCCAGGUUCUAUCUCAUCAUGUACUAUGGGCUGCAGACCGAGGAGGGUGUGAUCAGUGGUCAAGUGUUGUCCAACAUCCUGUUCAACUCCUGCGACCUGCUGCGGGUUGACCUGGCAGGGGUACAGAUCCUGGUGCCAUACAUCCUCAAUGCCCUGGAACUGGUCCUCACAAAGACACAGCCAGACUUCAAACUGUGUGAGCAGAUUCCGUAUGUGGAACUGAGGAAAGCAUGUGUCCAUCUGCUACUGUCCAUGCUGUGUCUGCCUCUCCAUUUCAAGGACCUGGAGAUCAAAGACAUCUUGUCAAGCCCGGAAGGUCCUGACCACUGCCUGUCCUUCAUCUCGCUCAAGACUCGCAUCAUAGACCUUCUGCAGAAGGCCCUGUUCAACGAGACAGACUCUGGCAACACUCAGAUGCUACUGGGUGGGCUGAUGCUGGUAGUGCAGGACCUGGCGACAUGCGAGGAGGCAGAGCAGCUCACCCUGCAGCCACAGCAAGAUGUCUCUGAUGGAGACAUACAGGCUGACAUGAGCCAGACCAGCACCAGUACAUCUUCGGGGGAGUCCAGUUAUCACGAUGCCUCCUACCACAGACUCCACUCUCAGCCCAGGGAUCUAGACACAGCAUAUGGACUUUUCGGCCAUGCAACCUCUCUCGUCUGCACUCGACUCAUGGCCUCCUGGAAGUCGGAACUCAACACAGCGCUAGCAGCAAUGGAGCUGCUUGCAGGGUUGGCCAAGGUCAGCAUCAAGCCCCCAAAUGCUAUGAUGUGCAAGAGAACAGUCAAGUGGAUCUGCGAUUUCAUUGUCUUCCAGUGUAGCAGACCAGCUCCAUCUCACUCAAGAGAUCUUCAUUCGAUGAUAGUUGCUGCAUUUAAAUGUCUACAGCUGUGGCUUGUGGAACACAGUAGCCUGCUGUAUGACAAGGAAUGUCUGCACAAUGUCCUGGAAGUUGUGGAACUGGGAAUAUCUGGCUCCAAGUCCCAGAGCAAGUCAGCAGAUUCUCUAUAUCUUAAGGUUAAGGUUGAGAAGGAUACUAAGUCUCUGCCUGCAACUAAGAACCGAGCCAGUGACCCACCCAAAUUCAAGGGAGAUAAGCAGUUGAUGCCUGCAUCCAUGAGGGUGAAGGAUGCAGCAGAGGCAGUGCUCACCUGCAUCAUCGACCAGGUGGGGGCUUUCCCUCCACCUUGUGGUCCCGAGUCCCUCUUCUCGCUGCUGGAUGAGAGAUCCCUGCUCAAGUACGCCAAGGGGAGUGCUCUUCCUGAACAUGGCUCCCCUUUCAGAUACUUUGCCAUUGACAACUCCAUCAUUAUUGGUCUGCUUGAGCAGCCUCUUGGUAAUGUCGAAGAUCCCCUUCCUAUGGUGACAUCUUUAAUCAGAGGACCGUUUGGUCGCCAUGCAUGGACGAUGCAGCUGCGACAUUCACCCAGGGCACAGAAGAUUUCUUCCCAAGCCCACCUGGCUGAUCCCGGCCGGCCUAUCCCCGAUGGUGAUGUUGGCAUCCACCACAAUGUUCAGCACCGCUACUUCCCUGAGAGCGUGGAUAGAAUACCGCUCACUCAGGCGGAUAAGAGUAUACCCCCCAUGGAAUCUCUGGUAACCGAUAGCAACAAGGAGGAACUAGAUCACCUGAAGGCGCUCAUUGAACAGCAGAUUGUUUUUGAGGCAGAUGUCAGCAACCGGGCCAAAAAAGCAAGGGAGAAAACUCUGUUCCCAGAUCCACAGACAGAAUGCAAACCCCCAAGGGUCACCCAUGAGUACCAGACAGCACGCCUCUUCCUUUCCCACUACGGCUUCCUGUCCCUAGAGGCUCUCAAGGAACCCUCCAACAGCAGUGUCCCACCAGCCCUGGUCAUGCUGGACAACUCGUCUGGUGGUCUGUAUGCUGACCUGGAGGCGCUGGACGGUGUGCCCAGCAGAGACAACGACACUGUGCACAUUUUCUAUGCCAAGCCAGGACAGAAGACACCACAAGAAAUACUCAGCAAUGUGACCACUCAGUCCCGUGUUCAGCCCCAGUUCCUGGAGUUCCUACACUCACUGGGAUGGCCAGUGGAUGUCCGGCGACAUGCGGGCUGGACGGGACACAUCUCAACCAGCUGGAGGAUCAUGGAGACGGAAGACUUUGAUGAUGAUGACUACCAGACCGGUACCGGCGGCAGCGUGUACGAUGGGAGGCAGCAGGUGCUGUACUGGGCUGACGUGUCAUCAGAAAUGGCCUUCGUUGUGCCAUCCCCCGAGACGUUCAAGCUGAGGACAGUCAGUGUGGUCAGUGAUGCAGAUAAAUCUCCAACGAGUGACCGCUUCUCCAUGAAUGAGCCUCACAUCCAGCUGACAAAGCCAAAGUCACUUGUUCUGGAGGCAGAGAAGGCAGGACGACAGGAUCGUGAGAGCCCAGGGUCGCCCCCUGAGGCAGCUGUUGCUAGCGGUAACCAGGCAAGGACACGUAGACUCGGGAGACAGCCCACCUCUAUGUUUGGUCCUGAUACUAAAGUGUUUGCUGUUUGGUUGGAGAACUUUGAAGACCAUGAGAACUUCCCGACAGGGGAUCUGCUGAGUGUGUCUAGUACAGGCCAGGACCACCAGUGCAGCUCCAGCUCGUCCUCUGUACAAAAGGUGCCUGAGAAGGACAUCUUUAUCCUCUUCAUACAUGCACUGCAGAACGGCCUGUUCCGCAUCCAUCUACAGCUGCAGGACAAGGGCCACACCAAAAUGUCAAUGGCCAUCCCACUGGUGGACGGAAUGUUGGUGAGUCGACGCACGCUGGGAACACUAGUCAGACAGACAGCCAUCAACAUCUGCCGUAGAAAGAGACUCGAGAGUGAAUCGUACCAGCCUCCCCAUGUAAGACGCAAGCUGAAGAUCCAGGAGGUGGUCAACAAGUAUCGCAGCAGCUUGACGGAGUCGGAGUUCUACACUGCUCUCUUCCAGGAUACACCCAAGUGAACACAUCAUCAUCACUCACAGUCUUUGUAUGGAUGUUAUUUCUCCUUACAAUGAUCUUUCAACCAUAGCUUCAUAUUUUGAAUUGUAAAGACUGUAUGUACCAACAGAAUGUGAAAACAGCAGAUCUCCCUGUUACGAGGAGUAACUGGAGUGUAACAGGAAGUAGAUCAGAGCUGAAUGUUGUACCCUGGGCUGCAUCUUGUCCUGGGCUCCAUCUUGCCCUGGGCUGCAUCUUGUCCUGUGUGUAUGGCAGUCAUGCAGCCAAUAUACAGUAUACUAUAAUGUGCCACACUAGUGGAUGGGUGUGUGGUCAGCACAACACAGGAUUCAAAGCCUCUAAAUCAUUGGGACUUUUCACUGUGUUUGAGUAUUUGUCUUAAGAAGUAUAAUUUGUUUUGUCAGGUCCAAAUGUUUGAAAAGUAUGGGGCUGUGUGUAUGUCAUAGAUAUUAUACAGUUAGUACGAUAAUAUUUGUUAUUAAUUAUGCGAUCAUCUCACAAGUAAUUUCUAGUCCUCCAAUACUCAGUAUAGUCACCAAAUGUGAAGACACCUACUACUUACCUACAUCCUGUUGUGCUGUGACCGUGCUAUGUCCCUGGUGCUAUAUGUCAGCUGUCUGUAUGCACCUGUCUGUAUCCACCUGUACAGGGUACACCCCAUAUAUCACCCAAACCUGGCUUCCAUGGGAAAUAUCACCACUAUGACAUUGCAUCACAAUGCUUUGUAGACCAGUGUGAUAUCAUUGGUUACCAUGCCACAGUCUGAUGAUGUUUUUCUGCCCCUGAAGCUGGUCCAUAUAGAUCGGCACUUAGGUUCUUGGUAUACUGUGCAGUGUAAGAUGUAGGUAGCGACAGGUAUGCUCCUGUUGUUGACAUUGGUCAGAAAUGAAUACCUGUUCUGCUGACUUUCUGUAGAUGUUUUGAAUGUAAAUUCAUUUUUUCAGAAAGAUUUGUCAAGCCCCAUGAUUCAGUAGGAUCUCGUGUGGCUCAGUCCCUUCACUCUUGGCAAAAAGCGCAAGCCUAAGGAGCUAGGUCUGAAAUGUCAUUUGAACAGGACAGCAACCUCUAAAUACAUAGUCUUGUUUUACUUUGUCUGCAGUAGGACAUGUUGGUAAGCAUGUACCAUUCAAGGGAGAUGUUCCCUGACUUAGAGCUGUUUUAUGAAACAAGAUGAUAAUGAGGUAAUCUGUUGAUACCUUGCUUCAGGUUCAUUUGUCUUUGAUUGUUAUGAUGUUGCAAGAUAAGUGUUGUGUUGAUUAUCUAAGAUGUUGAUCUUGACAAUACCUGAUCCACCAUUUUCUUAUUUGGACCAGUAUCAUCUCAACAGAGUUAUGUUCAUACUUAAUGUCAUUGUUACACAAUAGGGCAAGUGCUUUAUGGGAGGUGUGCAGUAUUAAAUUUUAUAUAUUGUUC